AGGGACCUUCAGUAUUCCCAACACGGUCAUUAACGCGAUAAAAUUUGAACACGGAAGUGCCAAGCAGGAAAUAAAUCCUGGGGGACAAUAAUAAGGUUACACCCGUGCAAGGGUUUUGAAAGCCUGGAAGCAAGGCAGUCUCAAUACAGACCCCAGCAAUGCGGGUGGCGGACUAAUGCUUUUGAAAUAUGGCUUUUCCUGAGCCAAAACCGCGGGCCCCGGAGCUGCCGCAGAAACGGUUGAAGACGCUGGACUGCGGCCAGGGCGCGGUGCGAGCCGUGCGAUUUAAUGUGGAUGGCAACUACUGUCUGACGUGUGGCAGCGAUAAAACCCUAAAACUGUGGAACCCGUUGCGUGGGACGCUGCUGCGGACGUACAGUGGCCACGGCUACGAAGUGCUGGAUGCGGCCGGCUCCUUUGACAACAGCCAUCUCUGCUCUGGUGGUGGGGACAAGACGGUGGUGCUGUGGGAUGUGGCAUCUGGGCAGGUCGUGCGCAAAUUUCGGGGCCACGCUGGAAAGGUGAACACCGUUCAAUUUAACGAAGAGGCCACAAUCAUCCUGUCUGGUUCUAUCGAUUCCAGUAUCCGAUGCUGGGACUGCCGCUCUCGGAAGCCGGAGCCCGUGCAGACGCUAGAUGAAGCCAGAGAUGGCAUAUCCAGUGUAAAGGUGUCAGACCAUGAGAUCCUGGCAGGCUCUGUGGAUGGCCGCGUGAGGCGCUAUGACCUAAGGAUGGGGCAGCUCUUCUCAGACUACGUGGGCAGCCCCAUCACCUGCACCUGCUUCAGCCGGGAUGGACAGUGCACUCUGAUAUCCAGCCUGGACUCAACUUUGAGGCUUCUAGAUAAAGACACAGGGGAGCUGCUGGGCGAGUAUGUUGGCCAUAAGAACCAAAAGUACAAGCUGGACUGCUGCCUAAGUGAGCGUGACACACAUGUGGUUAGCUGCUCUGAGGAUGGGAAGGUGUUCUUCUGGGACCUGGUAGAGGGUGCCCUGGCACUGGCCCUGCCUGUGGGUUCUAGUGUGGUACAGUCACUGGCUUACCAUCCCAUGGAACCCUGCCUGCUGACAGCCAUGGGGGGCAGCAUCCAGUACUGGCGAGAAGAAACCUAUGAGGCAGAGGGUGGAGCAAGCUGAGGCUUAAGGAUCUGACACCAAGCCAAAGGACCCAGACCAACUCAGAAGACCCAACAAAGACCAUUUAUUCUAGAGACGCUGCUGACCAAGGAGUGGGCGGGCCCAAGAAGGGGUGUAUAAAGUUAAUAAAUAAAGGCAUGGCAAGAA